AUGAGGGUUAAGGUGAUAGUAUUAGUGCUAUUGGUGCAAUUAGUCACAUCUAUGUUAAUUCCGCCAAAUUGGUCUAUUGUAAAACCAACACUUUUUUCACUUUCGGAAACAAAACAACGAUUGAUUAAUUCUUUGCAAGCUUUGGUGCCUCCAACACAUGGUGAUAAAGAUCGAAUUAUGUUCCAACCUUUAUUAAAUACUACUAAAGCAAAAGAGGAGGAGGAGAAGGAGACGAUUAAAGCAACAGGGAUGGUAGAAAAUGGAACGGCUUUUGCCAAGGGGCAAAAUUCCAUUGAAACGCCUGCUGAUGAGACCAUGACAUCUGGCAGUAAUUUGCUUUUUAUACCACGAGAACUAAUCAAUCCUACAAUGUUUGAAGCUUUAGGUUUAUCAAGACUCUUUGGCAAUGAAUCAGCACAACAUCAAAAGUGGCUAAAUUUCACCUCAAAAGAUCAAAUUUUCAUUCCACGAGAAUUUAAACCAUUUUUCAUAUUCAACACAUCGAGUGUUUACAACUCUGGUUUGGAAUUUAUUCAGCGCUAUAACUAUCAUAACUUUCGAAGCUCUUCGUCGUUUAAUAAGUUUUUAUCAAAUGCCCUACCAUUUGACAUGCCCAAAUAUUUGGAAUUGGUUGAUUACUACAUGGUUUUACCCAACUUACCCAAUUUGCGUGAAUUGUCACUGGGUGUGUAUAACAGAGGACUAUUGACUUUUUCUAAAAGCCAACUUCCUACUUUCCGCAAGGAAUUGAGUGAAGGCAAACCAAUGAUUGUGUUUAUGUUUAAUGAAACUAAUGCUAAAGAAAUGGCGGAAAAAACAGAUAGCAAUGGUAAGAAUACUCCAAUUGUUUCAAUAAAGAAUUAUCUCAAACAAACUCAAGUUUCAAGCUUUUUUGACAAGUUUGCAAAGCUUUGGAUAAACCAAGUUAGUUAUGAUUCUUUAAUCUCAGCAAUUUAUUGUAAUAUACAAACCGGCACCGGUGGCGGAGGAAAAGGUGAAGAAGAGAAUCAAAGUUAUUGUUUAAACAUUAAAAAGCAACUGGUGAAUGUGUUUCCUGCAUUUACAAAAUUCACAUCUCAUUCAUCCAGGAGUUUAUCAGAGAAAGUUUUGAAACAAAUACAACAAAACGAGAAGGAGGAUAACAAUGGUGGUGAGGAGUUGAUGGUUGAAAGUCAAGCUGUGAGACAAGUUCAUGAUAAACUUCAAGCUAAAAAAAAUGCAAUGGCAAUGGUAAGUCUUAGUUUACUCAAGAACCCAAAAGCAACAAUUGAAGCCGCUGAUGAAUCAUUCGAUAAGAGAAUUGAUAGAAAAUUAACUAUGCUUGCAAAGACAAAAGAAGUGAUUAAGGAUCGUCUUGACGAUAGAAAAACAUCAUUUAAGGAAGACGUUGCUGAAAAACUCGAUACAAUCGAAGAUAAAACGCAUGAUAUAUCAGAUAGAUUUGCUCAAAAGAGGAUCCAGUUGGAAAAACUAAAAUUUCAACCUCAAAUAUUUGAUAAAUCAGAAUUGCAACGUUGGGAACUGAAGAAGUAUUUCUUUGGCGAUUACGAAAAUGUCGGAGUCGAUGAGGAUUGUAGUGGUGAUGAUGGUAAAGAUGAAGAUGAAGAUGAAGGCGAAGAUGAAGAUGAAGAUGAAGAUGAAGAUGAAGAUGAAGACAAAGACAAAGACAAAGACAAAGACAAAGGCAAAAACAAGGACAGGGAUGGUACUAACAAGAAAGGAAGAAAAAAGAAAAAACCCGAUUGCAUCUAUGAAAAUGACAGGAAUUAUAUUAGUAAACGAUCCGAUUCACAAGUCAACACUGGAGACAAUGAUGGAAGUGUCACUAUUGGCGGCGGGUUUUCUAUCCCUCUAUCAUUACUUCAUUUUGAUGAUUUACAUACUUAUUCACCAAGGAAAAACACUUAUAGUCAAGUGAUCAACAUGGAUACAAGGAAAACAAUGAAAAAGAAAUUGAGGAAACGAAUUGAAUUCAGUGAUGAUUUAACCAAUUGUAAACCAAUCACUUGGUAUAAUCUUUUCCAUUGUAGUAUAUUUGGAGAAUCAAAAUUUUGUAAAGAAAAUGAUACAGUGGAAGCUUUUUAA